ACUAACGGAUACACACUUCAUGUUGCCGUUUGGUUAGAAGGCGGAGUUCAGUCCAUUAAAGUCCUCAUUGAAACCUCACUUGAGUCAGUAGUAGCUCUCGCUUUCACUGGAAUAAAGAGGGUAUUUUUUUACACUUUCUUCAGAGUACAAGCCAGAGUUUUUCGUUUGGACUUCAGUGGAAAGCGGACUGUUUUUCACCUGCGCUAAAAGACGAACUAACGUCUUGACGUGAUAGGUGCUGUAGAAAUCAAAAAUGAAGCACCUGUCAUUAUUGUGCCUGUGUGCGCUGGUGACCUUGUAUAGCCAUAAGGGUGUGUUGUCCCAGACUCCCUCCUACGGUGAGCGGGGCUCAGAUUUUGGCAUACAGGUGUUUCAGCAAGUAGUGCGCUCCAAGCCCCUGGAAAAUGUGGUCUUUUCACCCCAUGGAGUGGCUUCCAUCCUUGGCAUGCUGCUACCAGGAGCACACGGGGAAACCCGGAAACAGGUCCUCAAUGCACUCCGUUACAAGAAAAAUGGCCCUUACAAGAUGCUGAGGAAGCUGCACAAGACCUUGACAGCAAAGUCCAACCAGGAUCUUGUUUUAAUUGCCAAUGCCAUGUUCAGCCAGAAGGGUUUCCCCAUGGAGGAAGCCUUUGUAACCACCAACAAAGCCAACUUCCAAUGUGAGAGCAGGAGCCUGGACUUCAACAACCCCCAAGGGGCAGCAGAUGAAAUCAAUGCAUGGGUCAACAAUAAGACCAAAGGUCACAUCCCCAGCCUGAUCAAAGCAAACAUGCUGGACUCGGGUCCAACCCUUCUGGUCACUGUCAACUCAAUCUACUUCAAAGGCUUAUGGAAGUCCCGCUUCCAGCCCGAGAACACCAAGAUGAGGCCCUUCAACGGUGGCAACGGGAAUGUUUAUAAGGUCCCAACGAUGUCCCAGCUAUCUGUCUUCAACAUCGGCAUGGCCACCACGCCUCAGGGACUGAAAUAUAAGGUCAUCGAGUUGCCCUAUCACGGCAACACCAUCAGCAUGCUGAUUGUCCUGCCCACUGAUGAGGACACACCUCUGUCCAGUGUGAUCCCACACAUCAGCACAGCCACGGUGCAGAGUUGGACCAAACUGAUGCACAUGAGGAAAAUCCGCCUGCUCAUCCCCAAGUUUACCGCCGAUGCAGAGAUAGAUUUGAAAACUUCCUUUGAAGCACUGGGAAUAACGGACAUGUUCAAUAAGGGGAAAGCUGACUUCAGACACCUGUGUGGCCAGCCACUCUAUGUAUCCAAAGCACUCCAGAAAGCCAAAAUAGUGGUGAAUGAAGAUGGAACAAAAGCAGCAGCUGCCACUACUGCCAUUUUGCUGGCUCGGUCCUCUCCACCUUGGGUUUCAGUGGACAGACCUUUCCUCUUCCUCGUCCGACAUAACCCAACAGGUACUGUUCUCUUUAUGGGCCAGAUCAACCAGCCUUGAGUCCAGCCAUCACUGGCCAGUCCCUGGUAGUGUCGUAGGCCAGCACAGGAAAUGCUUAUACACUGCCAUGCAUGAACACAUGAACACACAUCCACACCAACACACACACACUUUGCUGUAGACUUAUGUACAAUGUGGACAUAUGAUAUUAUUUGUUUUAAGUAUUGCUUUUUAUGUUACCCAUUUCCUGUAAUGCAUAACAUGCUUUAUAAAAUGUUUUGCAGACUAAAUUUUCCAGCUGUUUUAAUUUUUUGUACUUUUUUGAAUUUAUUAUGUUUUUAAAAGACUUUGAAUGUCGAUUGUGUAUUUUCUGAACUCUGGAGUGGGAUAAUCAGUUUAUUUAUCAUGUCACUUUUUCAGUUUAAACGUUCUCCAUCUCGAGUCGUGCCACUCCAGUCUUUCUUCAGUUUCUUCAAAUUAUGACAAUGUACAUCCCAUCUUGAAUGCCUUGCAUUCAGCUGUUUUAAGAUGAUUGUUUCCCUCACUGAGGAGGUCUUCUGUUGUCAUAUUUGCUGCAUGUUUGAUAAAAUAAAUACACAUAUUUAUAACAUCAA